CACAAUUGCUAUCAAUUCACCUAAAUAUAUAUUAUUACAAGUAUAUAAUUUUUUGUAAUGUAGCUUUAAAUAAAAUGGAAUGUUUAAUAAUUUUUUUUCUUUUUUGUCAUUGAUUAUUUGAAUAAUUAAUUGAAUUAAAAUAUAAUGAAAUGUUUUAUAAAUUUGAAAAAUCGUUAAUUUUAUUAACAAGUAUUAUUAUUUUUGUUAAAAAUUCUAAUGCCAUUAACACAUCAAUAAUAAAUAACGUGUCUGCUGGUGCGCCGCGAAACUUAAUAGUAGAAAUAUUUGAUGAAUUACAAAAUAUUAAUGACGAUAAUAGCUAUUAUAGCGUGUUGAAGUUUAACAUUUCGUGGUUACCUCCGCAAUACCCAUGGCAUCCUUCAUCAUACAGUAUUUUUAUAAAUUGUAUAACAAAUAAAAAUAAUGAAAUUAGCUGCCCGGAAGAAAGCAGUUUUUACACGACACCAAGUGAUAGUCAACUGAGUAUUGUUCUUCCUGAAAAUUCAUAUUUCUCAGAUGUACCAGAAUUACAAAUACGACCUAGUUGCCAAUAUGAAAUUCAAGUUUUUGCUAAUCCACGAAUAAAUGCUUAUUCAAAUGCUGCUAAAAUAAAUGUUACAGUACCAAAUUGUGUAGGUAAAUUAUGUAAUUGUGAUGAAGCUUCAAAAUUACUUCCUUCACUCCGAAUUAAUGCUACAGUAAUAGAUUAUAAUAAAAUAUUAAUAACAUGGAGCAUAAUAUCAAAUAAUGCAACAUUUUCUACAUUUGUUAUCGGUUACUCUGUACCGAUAUUGAUAUCUAAAAAUGGGAUUCCAGUAUUUAAUUUAAUAAAACUUGACAAUGUUUCAUCCAGUACAUUUUCAUAUCAAUGGGAUAUAGAAUCAAAAUUAAUUAUUAAUAAUGAAAUUAAAAUAUUCGUUGUCGCUCAAGAUUCACAUGGUUGCCGUGGACGUAUGAGUUAUUUUAUUAUUAAAGGAAAUAACAUGGAUCCGAUAUCAAUCACAACUUACAGUAAAUCGUUCGUAUGGAGUACAGUGGUAAUAAUAUCUCUAAUAAUUAUUGGACUGUUUCUUUACCUUUUGAAUCGAGGUCAUGAAAAUUACAAAUUCAUUUCAAAUCACGUCACGUCUGGAAUUAAUAAUAUACGAAUAAUAUCUGACGGAAGUGGAUGGAUAAAUUCAAUACUAAAAAGUAAAAAUAUAUUAUAUGCAGAUCAAUUUAUUGAGACACCAGAAAAUAUAACAGAUAAUUAUGAAAUAUCGUAUGACCGUAUAAAAAUUUCAAAUCAACUCGGUAACGGACAAUUUGGAAAAGUUUAUCUCGGUUAUUUAGAUUCGGGUAUUAAUAAUAAUGAAAAUGCUUUUCCUAUUGCUGUUAAAAUGACAAAUCCUUUAAAUUUUAUUGACAAAACAGAAGCUCGUCGUCAAUUUUUUGAUGAAAUAACUACAAUGAAACGUGCUGGUUCUCAUCCACAUCUUGUUAAACUUAUUGGCUGUUGUACUAAGCUCGAUAAUCCUAUUUGUAUUAUUUUGGAGUACAUUGACGGAGGUGAUUUACUCAGUUAUCUUCACAAAUUGCGUGAUCGUACAGAUAAAGCAACAUCAAUAAAAUCCGCUGCAACCGAGACUUUACACGGGACGUCCAAUAGAAGUGUGUCUCCAAUAGGUGACAUUUUUUCAAUUUCACCAUCAGCGUCAGCAACUAAUUCAAUUACAUUUCAAGACAAUAACAAUCAUUCUUACACGAAUGUCCAAUGCCAAAAUAUAAUUGAAAAAAAAAUUAAUCACUCAACAGGUGGGACUAUUGAUAACUAUCGAUUUAUUAAAUUUGCAAUGGACAUUGCUCAAGGUAUGGCCCACUUGGAAAAAAAAUAUAUUGUUCAUAGAGAUUUAGCGGCUAGAAAUGUUCUUGUUACAUCAAAUCUAACAUUGAAAGUAUCAGACUUUGGAUUAUCUCGAGAUGGUAUUUAUAUAACUGGACAAAGUGGUAAUGGAGUACGCCGACUGCCAGUACGUUGGAUGGCACCCGAAGCUCUUCGAAAUCGUGCUUUUACUUCUAAAAGUGACGUGUGGUCUUACGCGAUAGUACUCUGGGAAAUAUUAACCCUCGGUGCUUUUCCUUACUUUGAAAUACAAGAUGAAAAAUUGCUACAGUACAUUGUCAAGAAUAAUUGUCGUUUAAAGUGUCCCAAUAAUAUUUCAACCGAAUUUAACCAUUUUAUGAACACGUGCUGGUCUUCACAGCCCGCAAUGCGCCCUGAUUUUAUACAAAUUAUCAAACAACUCAAUUCAUUCUCCAAUAAAAUCAAUACGUCUAUUUAUAAUCCUUUUUAUGAUCUCGUUACACUUCAAUUAAAAUAAAUAAUAUAGGAUUAUGAAUUUUUUCAUUCUUAUUAUUAAUUCAAAUAUUCAUUAUGCAAUUAAACAUUCAACAAUUAA